GGAGUAUAAUAAUAAUAAUAAUAAUAAUAAUAAUAAUAAUAAUAAUAAUAAUAAUAAUAAUACAUGUUAUUUAUAUAGUACUUUUCUAAAAACUCACACUUUGCAGGAUUCAGGGAAAAUUACAAACAGUACUUCAGUACAUCAAACAAAAUCAUAAAAGGUAACAGAAAAACUUAAAUACAUAGCACUGGACAACAACAGAGUGUUUUCAGGAGGAGACUUAGAUUUGCUGUAAUACAGACUGCUAAAGAAGACCCUAUAAACAGCUAUUAGCAUCAACCCUUUGAAGAACCUUGGGGGAUAUGAGUUACAACAACAUUUAUCUUCCAUUUGGGACUAAUAAACUAUUUUGGAAUGGAAUUGAAUUAUCUUUAAAAUAUUUUUGAAAUAAAGCAAGAGUUUUUGCAGCCAAGUAACUAUGGUUGCCUAGAAACAAGUGAAGAACAAGGGAAACAAUUUAAAGAAAUACAAAAUGAGAGUAGUGAUUUGCAUUCUUGCAGCUCAAAGAGGUUAAACUUUUUGGAUUUUAUUGUUUAUUUUUCAUAGACUCAAACAGUACUUUCUUUAAUAUUUUACAAAUUACCAACAAAAGAUUACAACAUCAGAGAUUUACACCCAUUGGAUGUUGGAUGCCUAUGCAUAACUUGGUAUUGUAUUGCGCUAUUAUUAUUAUUAUUAUUAGUAGUAGUAGUAGUAGUAUCAGUUGCACAAAUGAAGUAUGAAGGGUUUGAGAUUAUUGAGAAAUGAUUUUAACUUUGAUAUCAAAAAUUUCAAUACACUUCCAUGACACUUUUAAAGUUUACAAUGUGGAUUAAUUUAUAAUUCAAUUGACUAGAUUGUUUUCACUUCCCAGAGUGCCUUGCAUUAGCUUCUUUGUAAUGCAGGCAUGGGAAACGUUUUCUUACAUUUUCCUCAGGAUGAGUACACUUAUUUAUUCUCAGAUUUCUGCAGAGCUUUACAAGCAGAAAGAUUUAGAGCAGAAUCACAUCUCAGACUUGAAGAACACCACCCCCUGAAGACCGAGUCAUUUUGAGGUAGUGACUCCAGGACAGGAGAGCAAAUCAUCCAAGGUUCAGCAUAGAGGGUGUUAUCUUAGCUCUCUAAGAUGACAGAACCAACAAGACAUCAAUCUCAGAAAUUUCACAUUUACGAUAAAAGGCAGACUGGAAACAAGGUAGAUCAGCUUGAAGGUGGUUACCAGGAAGUUAUUGCUGUAACUAUCAGUAAAGCAUUCUAUUUGUGUCUGCAGGUUUUUGCCUAUGAAGAGGAUGAGCACUUCCUUGUUCAUGGGUUCUAUCACUUCAAGCAUUUCCCCUGUGACAGCCCAGUACGUUUCAUGAUACACUCCCCUGCAAUUCAUGCCUUUAUCAGCCUCCACGCAGACAACAAAGUAAGCCUUUUCAGACCUAAAUGCUAUAGGGAGACCAUCUGGAGAAGAAUGCCCUUUUUGGGCCUGACUCCUACAAAGGUCCUGGGAUGGAUAAUAGGCUGGGGCCCCGGGCCCAUCUUCACUCUCCUGGACAAUGAAUUGCGGCAUUUGGAUACUGCGGACAACGCUCUUGAUAUUCGACUGUGUGAGGCAGCAGAGCAUUCCUGGGAGCUGGUUACUGUAGGCUUUGGGAACGUGUGUGUGUGGUCGGUGUUGCUCAUGAGGUGCAGAGUGAAGAUACAGGAAGGGCUGCAGCAGAGAGCUUUCACUCACAUGGCAUUGGCUCCUCCACAGAAGAAGAGGCCUCACCGUGCCUUUGUUGCAUGUGGAAUGGAGGUUACUGUGAUCAACCUCGAUGAUGGGGUGGUUCUGGAUCACCAGGAGGAACUCUGUCCAAGUGAAAUCACCGCAAUGUUGUUCUGCACCCAACUUGACUGUUUGAUCACCGGUUUCCAAGAUUAUGCCAUCACAGUCUGGGGUCUUGACUGGGUUCCACGUGUGACUUUUUUUGGACACGAUGGUGUGGUGAAUUCGCUGUACUAUUGCUCCAAAACAAACCUGCUAGUCUCAUGCUCUGCAGACUGCACCAUCCGUAGCUGGGAUGUAAAAAAGAACUUGGCAAUCGAUUGUUUCCACACAGACCAGAACAACCCUCCACUGUGUUUGGUUGGCAAAAAGAACGAACACCCAUUUUUCUCUUUUUCUGACAAAGGUGUGGAUCUUUGGUUUGUAACAGCUUGGUACACCCUCCACACAAAGAUCAAAGGGGAUGAAGACAUCGCAUUGAAACAAAUCGUAGUCUCACAUUUGCCUCCUUGCUACCCAACCCGAGUGACUUGUGUCAGUGAAGAUGAUCAUAUCUAUCUGGUUUCUGCUGGAACAGAAGAAAUGCUGACUUCCUUUAAGGCAGGAAAGACGGUAUUAUGUGCUGCCUACUGCCUUCAAAAAGAGCUUUUGUUUGUCUUGACUCAGGGUGGUACCUUAUUGCAAGUCAACUCACUCGCUAAUCCAGCCACUUUGAUACAAGAAUGGGAAGGCAGAGGCCGGGGUCCCUGGCCAAUAUCAGACACUUUAAGUAAAAAGGAUGUCCAAAAUCUGCCGGAGCCUGGCCCCGCCUGUUGCAUGGUGACUUACAGCUACUUGGGAGACCCUAAGAAGGCUUUAGAGAAGUGGAAAAGUUUAAAAAAUGGAAGAGGCAGCAGUCAGAGGGACAGCAAACAUAUUGAUCAUUUCAAGAAUAAAUUUUGGGUUAUCAUUGGCCAAAGUGGUGGCUGUGUGAGUGUCCUCGCAAUGGAUGAUGGGACGCUCCUGUACAGAACCCCCGCACACAAGGGCAAGGAUGUCACAGCAGUGAAGGUCUACUCGAAGUACAACUACCUCCUCUCCUCGGGUGAGGACUUCACGGUGGUGGUGUGGAGAAUUCACCCCGAUGCUGCAACGUGUCUCAGCCAUUGGCAGACGGUGAUAUGUUAUGAGCCUCAGGUCUACCUGGCGGCCCUGGAGCUGCAGGUGGCCCUGGCGUUUCAAGAGCCUAACAGCAAGUCCUACAGCCUACAACUCUACCAUGUGGAAAACCUGAAACGAGCAGAAUGUCAGCAAAAAAAUGCACAUAUAGAUUCCCUCACAGGAGUGUGUGCAAUUCCUGAAAUAAAGGCAUUUGCUUCCUGCAGUCUGGAUAAGACAGUUCGCAUCUGGAAUGAGAAGAAUAAGCUCAUCUGGGUGCAACAGCUUGUGGCAGCACCUCAGUGUAUGGAAUACAGUGGAAACGGGGAGCUAUUUCUGGGCAUGAAUGGGGACCUGUACAGGCUAGAGUUUGCACAGUUUCUACCAAAGAAAUACCAACGAAUGGUGCAACUAUUGGCUGCUUAUUAUUUACCUGAAUUUAAAAAUUGCACACAGGAAAGUUUCAUUAUCACUAUGCCUGAUUUUUUUUUCCAGCUUCGCUGCUACUAUUUUGAAAAUGUCCUUUCUGAGCUGCCUACUUCUGAGGUUGAAAAAACACGCGACAAAGCAGAGUAAGACAGGUUCCACUUUCAGGUUACAAUAAUAAUGCAAUUAUCUGAAUAAGUUCUGAGCACUUUUGUAUUCUAGCAUGUCAAUUAGUGAGGCAGAAAGAUUAAAGGAAGCUAUCAGCAGCAAUGAGGUAAUGAAUAUAUACCUGCAGCACGACAAGGUGAGUAUAUAAAAAGGUACAUUUUAAGAUCUGCUGAACACAGUAAUAAUUAAAAUACCUGGCUCAUAAAUACAUUUUUUCCCAUCUGUGUCAGAGGGCUUCAGUGAUCAUAGACAUGGACCUGAAGGCUCUAAUAAAGGGAGACGUAAUUUGCACACAAAAGAAAACUCACAGUACUAAACAAACCAAGAAAGAUGCCUUUGACCAUUACAUGCAUGAGUUAUAUGGAUUGUCACCUUGUGAGCAGGUAUAUUUCAGCAAAAACUUUUUUUCACCUGAUUUUCUCAAGUACUUGAAAAUAAAUGAAACUGUCAAACAGUCCAGUAUUUAAAUCUCUAAUAUACUGAACUAGUUUUCAGUGAUUCUCAAAAGUAUGCAAGCAGGUCUCUCUUGAAAAGUAAAUCUUGCAUCUCAUUGAGACAGACUGUUUAAACAAAGGUCAAAUAAAUACAUUAAUGCACAUCCCGGUUAAAUGGCCAGGUUUUGUAAUGUCAUAAGACCAGAUGAAUGUGACAUAUAUGACAGAUCCUUUAGGAGUGAAAUAUACAUAUAUUUUUUAGAGAUGAAACACCCUGCAUAGAAGGAAGAAGUGGGCAAGCCCUUAAAUUCCCUAUUGUUGAAGUAGAUUUGAUUUGUUUACAGUAAACUUUCCAUAAUGAGAUCAACCUGAAAUUAAGAUGUACUCUCUCAAUAGUUUUUUUUUCUGACAUUUUCUGAUUUGCAUCAUGACAUGUAAAAAAAGGCAAGGUUUAUUGGCAACAGAGUGCAUGUCAAAUUUAAGGUGGAAAAUGUAGAGAAAUCAUUUAUCAAUCAAUUAAUUAAUCAAUUUUAUUUAUAAAGCACCUUUCAUACUAAAAGCAGCUCAAAGUGCUGUACAGAUCAAUAAAUAUAAAUCCACAAAAAUAAACAAUUACCCACCCACCCCCACGUGUAUAAUUGUACACCAGGGUUGUUUACACACUGGACAUCCUGUUUGUUAUUUACAUGCAAAAGAUUUUUUUCUUUCUUUUUUUUGCUACUUUAUUUUUUAUGUUGAGCACAUUUGCAAAAAUCAUACUAAUUUGUGUUAUUGGCUGUUAAACACUCUGCUUUUCAGACUGGUGUAGAUGAAGAAGAUUUUGAUGAUAUUAUAAUGAAGUCCAAAGCACGUUUAAUGCGAACCAUUUACGUUCCAAAGCCAAAACAAUCUCUCAGUCCUGUGGCCACUGAAGUGCCUGCAGAAAAACAGGUAUAAACCUUCACAACGUCAAUAUUUUUUUAUCUAUUAAUGCUGAUUUAAUUUUCCUGUAAUAGACAGCAAAGUGACAGCUUUAGGAGAAAAUCUAUGACACUUGUAUCAUUCUCUUUUUUCCAUUUGUAGUCACAGCAUUUUCCUCAUUUUUAAGUUUGUUUUAGCUUUGCUUCUUUAAUGUUUCAGAUCAUUGAACCAGUGUCAAUAUCAGAGAAAUAGAACAAAUAGUAAAUGCAAACAGCAAUUUUGAACUGAUGUUUUACAUUUAUUAGAUGGGAAAGGCUUUAUUGACCAAUGUUGCUCUAUGUGAAAAUAUGCGGCCCUUGUUAAAAGAUACGUUAUCUGUAAUUGAUUGCAUUUUACUGUAGGAAAGCCGAGUUCAAUUUCACAAGCUAGAUACAGGUUUGAUUAUUGCCAGAUCUGUAGGACCAACAAAUAACUUGAGAACUUGUCUAAAAACAUGAAGCGGGCUUAAAGGUGCCAAAAACCAAAACAUUCUGCUCCAAUCUAAAGAAAUUCAAGAGUAGAUAAAAAGGUUGGCUAGCUACAGUAACAGUCUGGAAAAGGUGGCCAAUAACAGGAAAUGCAGAAACUUUGGAACAGUAGUGAAUCUUCCAGGAGCAUUUGGGCAAAUGACUUCCAUGGUGCUGAUGACAAAGAACAUUAAGGCUCAUUGUACAUUUGCUCAACAACAUCAAUAGCUUUAACAUCUUUUAAGAAAAAGAACACGAUGUCUACAGUCGUGGGAGUUGUAUUGUGAAGGUCUCACUUACUUUGUUUAUGUAAUGCACACAAAAGAAAACUCACAUAAAUUACCAUACAUUUUCCUCUCCAGUAGAAAUUAUGAAGGAGACAUCCACCAGUUUGUGAUCUUGACAUCAAGCACAAUUGGGUUAUGCAGCAAUAAUCUAAAGAGUAUUCCUCCACAGUGAUGUUAAAGAGUAAUUGCCAGUUAUAAGUGCUUCAUAGCAGUUGUUCCUACCAAGAGGGGGACAACAAUAUUAAUUGUUUUUAUCUUGUAACCAGGUUGCUAUGUAUUGCAAAUUUUUGCUCAGGUCCCUCUUGAAAAUGAGA